CGGAAGUAUUGUGGGAAAGCCGUAUCUAUUGCAAGAACACCAGGCUAUCGGCAGCCGGAGGCUUGGUUCUUCCUUCUCGAGCAUCACUUCACUUGUUUUAAUAUAUCUGUGGGAUCUGUGGUCAGAAAAGAAAGUUUGUUUCUUCCUGUUUGUAUGGAUGUUCUUCUGACUAAUCUGUCUGAUUGGGGUCCAGAAGAUUCCCACCAACAAUGGCAGAGGACCAUGACAUUUUAAAACCAGACAACGUACCACAGGAAUCUUCACUUCCACAAGACACCAACAAGACAUACCGGAGUCUAGAGCACUCACGGUCUCUUCUAAAUGGCCUGGUGGGCCUCCGGGAAGGAGGAAUCUUGUUUGAUGUUGUUCUCAAGUUGGAGGACAAGUCAGUGGAAGCUCAUCGCAUCCUCCUCGCGGCAUCAUGUGAUUAUUUCAGGGGGAUGUUUGCAGGAGGGCUGAGAGAGAUGGAACAGCGGGAGGUACAAAUCCAUGGUAUCUCAUACAAUGCCAUGUGCAAAAUACUGGAUUUCAUAUACACAUCUGAGCUUGAACUUAAUGUUCAUAAUGUGCAGGACAUCCUUGCUGCUGCAUGUCAGCUACAGAUCUCUGAAGUAAUCCAGUUCUGCUGUGACUUUCUGUUAUCAUGGGUGGAUGAAGAAAAUAUCUUGGAGUUGUACAAACUGGCUGACGUCUUCCAUCUCAGCCAACUAAGUGAUCACUUGGAUAGUUUUGUGCAUAAAAAUUUUAUCACGUUUUCUCGUACACAAAUGUACCGGCAGCUGCCUUUGGAGAAGGUGUAUUCUCUACUAAACAGCAACCAGCUGGAGGUGGGAUCUGAAAAUGAAGUUUAUGAGGGAGCAUUGCUUUAUCACUAUACUCCAGAGCAGGUGGAAACUGACCAGGUGAGCCUCUCCGAAUCUCCAAAACUACUAGAGACUGUACGUUUCCCUCUAAUGGAGCUCUCGGUACUGCAGAGGCUGCAUGACAAGCUGGGGCCAUGUCCUCUCAAACAGACAGUGUCCAGCGCCUUGGAAUAUCACAGGAAUGAGAGCAUGCAGCCGGUGCUCCAGAGUCCCCAUACGCAACUUCGCUCUGACUUUGAUUGCGUUGUGGGCUUUGGAGGGAUGUAUUCUGCCCCCUAUACAGUGCUUACUGACCAAGCUAAAUACCUGAAUUCUCUGCUUGGAGAGUGGAGGCCACUGACGGCACCCCAAGCGCCUCGAAUGUCCAAUCAGGGCAUCGCUGUGCUCGAUAACUUUGUCUACCUGAUUGGGGGAGAUAACAACACGAGGGGCUACCGGGCGGAGGCAAGAUGCUGGAGAUUUGAUCCCAGGCACAAUCGUUGGUUCCAGAUCCAGCCUAUGCAGCAGCCCCAUGCUGAUCUGUCUGUCUGCCUUUUGGGGGGUUUUAUAUAUGCAGUGGCAGGCAGGGAUUACCAUGAUGAGCUGAAAGAAGUGGAGCGAUAUGAUCCGUGUACCAACUCUUGGGAGUAUGUGGCACCUCUCCAGAAACAGGUGCACGCGCAUGCCGGUGCAGCUUUGGAUGGAAAGAUGUACAUUUCUUGUGGCAGAAGAGGGAGCACCUACUUAAAGGACACCUGUUGCUAUGACCCAGACAGUAAUCUUUGGACCUACGUGGCAUAUGGCCCAGUGCGAAGAGCGUGGCACGGAAUGGUGGCGGUUCUGGAAAAACUGUACGUGAUUGGAGGAAGCAAUGAUGAUGAGGGUUUCCGCCAGGAUGUUUUUGAGGUGGUUUGCUACAGUCCGAAGACAGACCAGUGGUCCCAUGUGAGUCCGCUUCCGGCAGGGCAUGGCGAGCCAGGUAUUGCUGUUCUAGCCAAUAAAAUCUAUGUCUUGGGAGGCAGAUCACACAAUAGAGGCUCGCGAAUGGACUACGUACAUGUGUAUGAAGUAGAAAGGGACUUCUGGGAGGAGGGACCGCACCUGGAGGAUGAUAUUUCAGGCAUGGCAGCCUGUGUCAUCACCCUGCCCAGAUCUGUGCUUAUAGAUACAGAUGCGUGGACUCAAGAGAUGUACAUCCAUUAUUUGGACAGAGUACAUCAUCCAACUGACAAUGCUUCUGAAGUUAUGAGUGUAUCAGACUGGGAAGACUUGGAUAAUUCAAGUGAGGACUGAUACACAUCCACUCAACAGUAUAUGAGCAUAUGAAACAUGCUGUCCUCCACGUUUUCCUGGUUUCUUUCCUGUUUGGAGCACCUCGUUGGUUUGCAUGUUGACCUGGAGGAAGGCCUUCAGACAGGGCAUGGGUUUAAAUCAUGUAUACAUAACACCCAAUUCAAGAAAUAAAUGGAAAAUGUUGAAUGUUCAACACUUUGCCCAAACCUGGCUGUCUCUUAACAUUUACUGCCUACAUUUCAUUUUAAGACUUAGGGAAUAAACAAAUGGACACGCGC